CAAACGAAGGGCAAAUUUGUAAAAAGAAACACCCAAAAUUAAACUUAGGGUUUUAGUUGAAGAUCCAGGAUUGAUGCAAUACUGGUUUUCUGAUUCAGGGAUUGUGCUUGAAAAUGGCAGCAAUUUAUAGCCUUUAUAUCAUCAAUAAAUCGGGUGGUUUGAUCUUCUACAAGGAUUAUGGUUCUAAGGGGCGCAUGGAUACGAAUGAUAGCUUGAGAGUGGCAAGUUUGUGGCACUCGAUGCACGCAAUCUCUCAGCAGCUAUCACCCACCACUGGCUGUUCCGGCAUUGAGCUCCUUGAAGCUGAUACAUUUGAUCUCCAUUGCUUUCAAUCCCUUACUGAAACGAAAUUCUUUGUGGUUUGUGAACCUGGGACACAGCACAUGGAGGCUCUCUUGAAAGUCAUCUAUGAACUAUACACGGAUUAUGUCUUGAAGAAUCCCUUCUAUGAGAUGGAGAUGCCUAUUCGAUGCGAACUCUUCGACAUCAACUUGACACAGGCGAUUCAGAAGGAUCGUGUUGCCUUGUUGGGACGAUGAACCCAUUCAACAUUACCAAAUUGUUUUUCUUUUGUUAUCUUCAUGUGUACAUCUCCAGUAUGAAAGGUUCUGUGCCAAUGCUGAAGUAUUUACAGCAUCGGAUUAUUAUUAGAGUUGUCUUUUUCAAUUAUUGGUUCAAAUGGGCAAGUUUUAAAAUCUUAAUUUCAAUAAGAAACAUAAACUAUUAGAUGAAGAGGUCUUAUGAAUUGUGUUUUACAAUCUAGUUCUAGUAUAGUCUCAACGUGGCAAAACUCUAUAUUUAGGUCUUUGAAUUUUCUCUAGUUUUAGAUUAAGUAAAUGAAUCUUUAAACU